CAACUUUGUCUACGAAUUAUUGCCAAAUAUUUGGUAUUGUUUAUGUGUGAAUUGUGUGUGUUAUGUACAUACUGCCAUGUAUUGUUGUAUAUUAUUGUAGCAGCCUAUGCGCUAAGCGGAUCAGUACUGAUGAUAUAAUGAAUUAUAAAGGAUUAAGAGUAAAACGUCAACUUUACAAAGGAAAACAACACAAAGUUAAGUGCGUGAGAAUGAACCACUAAUGGACUUAAGUGUUUGAAGCGACUUACGCAAGACACAAGUGGAGAGUGAAAAUUUACAAGAGAAUUGCAAAAACAAAAAUAAUCAUAAUAUUUGCAAAGGCAAGGCAUAACAUAAAGCAGAUAUGCGUUAAAAUGACAAAAACAAAAAAUAACAUAACAUAGCAUAGCAUAACAUAAGAAAACAUAUUAAGUGUAACCGGCGAAAUUUGCAGUUGGUUGGAGAAGUGUCACCAAAAACAAGCAGAAUUUUAGCGAUUGAACAGCUUACGGAAGCUGACCAACCUGUGUAAGAGUUAAGAAUAAAAACAAAAAAAAAAAAAAAAUAAUAACAACAACAAAAAAUAUUAAUAAUAAUAAUACUGAAGAAAAGUGAAAGUGUUGCAUAUGAAAGAUUUGCUGUAGCGACAUGGAAUAAGCUGUCAACCAGCGCGUUGGCGUUUGCUGGUGUGCUUUAAGUGUGUCGGUGAGUGUCUGUGUAUGAGAUCAAAGUGAACAAAAGUGAAACCGUUAGACAAAGUCAAUGCAUAAGCCCUUGAGCUACGCGCGCAAAUAACCAUUUGCAAAUACCAAAUGGAUGGCACUGGUUGCACUUAACACAAGCAAAAACAAUAGCAACAACAACAAAUGCAAAAUAAAAUUGUUAAAAGUAAGCAUAACAACAGUAAAAUACUGCUUUGAAGCUUUCAAGCUUUGAAGAACAAUUUGCACUCGAAGAGCAAUCAAUUAAGGCGACAGUGCAAAAGAGAGAGGGCGAAAAAAAAAAUUAACAAAAGUAAUUAACAUUGCGACAACAACAAACACACGAUAAUACAUAGAGUAUGCAGAAAUUAUAACAACAACAAUAAUAAAAAAGUACAACAACAAAAAUAAAAAAGUACAACAACAAAAAUAAUAAAAAGUACAACAACAACAAUCAACCAGCAGACACUCUUUGUGCACUUGACGCUGCUAAGCCGCUUGGCAUACACAAAUUAUAAACCCACAAUGUCACUCGUCUGCCACCACCACCACAAUAAGACCAAAGCGUACACACGCGCACAACGCUCAGUGUCUACAUGAGCCUGACAAAGCAGCCAAUCCCAAUCACGUCGAACGUAAUUAUUUUGAGACAUAAGCAUAGCAGCUAAGAAGUAGAGCUAUGCCGGCAGCUGCUUACACGCGACCACUCAUGGCGAUGGCGACCAGCAUCGCUGCCGCAGCAGCAGCAACCAUGUAUUAUGAUGAUGACCAACAAGAGCAACAGCAGCAACAAGAACAACAACAACAACAACAACAACAACCACAACAAGAGCAACAUGCAGCGAGCAACAUCGUCGAGCAACUGCUUAAUGAUACGCUCAUAUUGCUUGACGGCAGUGCGCCAUUCAAUAUCAUUGAUGGCAUCAAUGUCACUUUCGAUCAAUACAACAACAAUAGCAGCAACAGCAGCAGCAGCAACAGCAACAACACACUGUACAGUUUGGAUGACAGCAACGAAAUAUUGAACAUAUUGGCCAGGUUCGGCCUUUGGAUGAACUAUUAUUAUGUACCGUUUUUGGUGGGUAUCGGCAAUUUGGGCAACUUACUCUCGGUGAUGGUGUUCUACAUGACGAAAUUGCGCAAGCUGUCGUCUAGUUUCUAUUUGUCGGCAUUAGCCGUUAGCGAUACUUGUUUCCUGUGUGGCCUCUUUGUGCAGUGGUUGAAUUUUGAGAACAUACAAAUCUAUAAUCGUGAAUUCUUCUGUCCGUUCUUUACGUUCUUCAGCUAUUGGGCAUGCUUUUGUUCGGCCUGGUUUGUGGUGGCGUUCACCGUUGAACGCUUCAUUGCUGUGGCAUUUCCGCUCAGGCGUCAGACAAUGUGUACUGUGCGUCGCGCUAAAUUCGUCAUUGGCGUGCUAACGACAGUGGGCUUUGUGUAUUGUGUGCCAUUUUUCGUUUCUUCGGCGGCCAUUUACUCGCCAUAUCUGGAUGCAGUUUUAUGUGAUGUGCCAACGGAUUUUAGGAACUUUAUGACUUUCAUGAACUACUUAGAUACAUUGGUGGUUUUCGCGAUGCCGUUCAUUUCGAUAUUAGUAUUGAACUCCGUAACCAGCUAUCUCGUUUGGAAGUUUGCAAGAGUGCGACGCACAUUGACAAUGCAAAAGAGAAAAUUGUCUAGAGAAUCGUUGACGUCUUCAACUUCGUUGAAGAACCCGAAGCAGACCAGUUCGCAAAACAUUGUUACCGAUGUGCAGCUCGCAGUGGCAAGACGGAGAUCGGCAAAGCAGAAAAUCAACAGCUCGACGCAAAGGAAAGUAACCAAGAUGUUGUUAAUUGUCUCCUCCGUUUUCGUUUGCCUCAAUUUGCCCAGCUGUGUGAUGCGCAUAGAAACGUAUUUGGAGUCGCAGACAUCAAGAAACGAAAAGUCCACCAUUAUUUUGCAAUACAUUUUUCAGCUGCUCUUCAUCACAAAUUAUGGCAUAAAUUUUUUCCUUUAUUGUGUCAGCGGUCAAAACUUUCGCAAAGCAGUGGUGAUCAUGAUUCGCACCAUGUGUCAAAAGCUGAUGAUCACACAGCGUGAGGGCACCACACAAGUGACAAGAGGUAGGUAAAUGUUGUUGCCACUAAUUAGCGCAAAUAAAUGUGAAUGUGACGCUUUGGAAUUGCGCAACUUCACUUCGGGUACAUUGCAUUUCAUUGCACGGUAUGUGCGCUUGAGAAAGCUGCAAGCAAGCAACAGGUGAAAUCUCUACACACAUACUCAUUCUGUAUAUACUAGCAUCUUAAAGAAUGUUGGAAGCGAAAAUUUUUGCCUUUUUUAAUUUCAAAUAAAUCACAAAUUAAAAGCUCUGAUAGUAUAGUUUUAGUGAAAGCUUUUGAAAGAGCUUUCACUUCGAAUAAAUUAAUUUAUUUAAGUUUUCCGAAACAGUAAUUGCGGUCUUUAAGUCACAAUAUAGCCACUUUAAUUUUGUUUUUCUGUGAACAUUUAAGCAUUGAAGUUUGCGUUGGAAAUUCAAUUAAACACUGAAAGCUCAAAACGUCUAUCUACUUUUCUACGAAUUGCUACGAAUUUUAAGCAAUUAUUUUCAUACAAAAAUUUGGAAUGCUACAAUAGCAACGCAACGCUCAAUCACACCACAUUCAUUUUGUGAAUUAGUAAUAAAUUAUAUUAAGCUGUAAAAUAAAUUUUAAAACACAA